UGGCUGCACAAACCAACACAGAAGUCUUUUUUUAACCCCUACGCCUGAGGAUCUGAAGACCCAGUGGAUUAAUUUUAUUUUUGAUGGAAAUGUACCCGCUCCAACUCCGAAAGUGUUGUAUGUGUGUGCUAACCAUUUCACCUCGGACUGCUUUCUCAACGAGGGCCAGUACAAUGCAGGAUUUGCUACAAGUCUUAAGAUAAAGCAUGGAUCAGUACCGACUGUCCGUGACCCAACUUUGAACUUGGGAGCUGUAAGUUUUACCAUUUUAUGUUGCUUUACUGUAUGUUCACGAGAGCCUGUUGCGUGUGUUGUUAGCAUGGCAGCUAAUGUGGCUAACAUUUUGCCUCGUCGACGCGCAGCCAGGUAUAGCCGGGUACAGAUUGUAUGCAAUUCUUCUGCUUGGUAUCGCCGUGUGACAUUGAUUAGAGCCACCGUGUUAAAUGUAUUAUACUUUAAAGGCGUUUUAGCUGUCUGUAAAGUCAAGCCGGUAAAAUUCGGACUAAAAAUAGGCUCUGUAGUGAUUAGCAUAGGUGUCCGGGCUUGUUUAUUAGUGCAGUGAAAGUUAGUAUGAGGAGUCACUCUUUAUGAUAUUGUUUUAACUUGAUAUAAUGUUUACACAUACAUUACCUUCAGGGAAUAUCUAGAUAAGGGGAUAGGCUACAAUCCACACUUUUAGCAUUUUAUGCAUGUAGUAGGCUAUUUAUUGCACUGCUUGCAGCUGUUGCCAUACGACACAUUUGAGAAGAUGUUGGUGUAACCUCUGUUUCCUUUUUUCAGGCCAGCACAUCAAGUGCAUCUGUACAGUUUCCCGCAACAGGGUCAGCCCUAUGUUCCCACAUUUCUUAGAACUUUUUUUUCACAGACAUUUUUGAAAAUUAGGGUUAGAGUUACGGCUGUGGGAAUAUAGGGAUAGGGUUAGGGCUGUGGGAACAUAGACACGCUCCCCCUGCAACAAAGGAUGUUGCCUGCCAGACCGACUCACUGGAGACAGGAACAGUAGGCACACAGUUAUCCUUGAGGACUCUUCAGCCUCACAUCAGAAGUACAGGUGUCCAGGCUACUAUGUCCUGCAAGGACUUUGGUGUUGGGGCAUCCGUUGCUACCUCUGCAGAUCCUGUGUGUUUUUCAUCAACACCUAUAAAGCGACCAUCUAAAAGAACUCACCUGGACCUGGAGGAGGAGCAGGAUCCUAUUUUCCCCCAGUGUCAACAUCCACUGCGCCACACAAGGGACAAGAAUAAAUGGCUUUCACCAGCAACUCCUGCCUUGUACAAGCUAGAGAAGGUGCUGACGGAAAAAAGGACUCUAAAGGAUUUCGCGAAACUGAGCCCCUACCACCAGACUUCAUCUGUGGAGGCUUUCCACAGCGUCAUCCUUCGUUUUGCCCCAAAGAAUGUUGUCUUCCCAUUUCUUGGAAUGCUGUGCAGACUCUACCCUGCUGCCAUGUACUUCAACGAAAAUGCUGGUCGACCACAAGCCCAGACAAAAGAAGGUGAACCCCUCUUCACGGUCCACUUUCCAAAGGCCAUGAAGGGAGAAUGCAGAGCUAAACCAGUUAAGACUGAGCCGACAUUCCGGUAUUUGGCUGACAUGGUGGACCUCAUAUUUGAAAAAGUCUUUGUUGACCCGGGACCAUACACAGAAGCUGUUUUGGCCAUCCCCAUCCCAGAGGACCUCACUGCACAUUUUAAGCGGCCUGAGAAGGAGGAGGUCAUCUCUAGCUAUGUGUCCCGGUUCAAUUGUUAGGCAGUCUAAAACCCGUAUAGUGGCCUAUGGCGUCAGGAAACUCCGUGCGGAUUCGUAGGACCACGCAGGCUGGAAUGACGACCCGGAUUCUGCGACCAAGGAAGCCCCAGCACCAGCUCACAAAGCUCCUAUAGGCUAAAUACCUGUACCGACUAAAACAAUUGGACAGGGAAUUUAGUCCUGCACACAUAUAUACAAUCUAUGUUGUGUCUCAUAAUUGUUUAUAUGGAUUCAGUGAAUCCUACUGUUUUUUAUUAUCACUGAUGAAAGGGCCUUAUUUGAUGUAAAUAAAUGCUUGAUCAUUUCUCAACAAAUGAUUCCUCUGAAUUCAUAUAUUAUAUGCACACUAUCUGAUGAUGGAAAAACUUUACAAAUCAAAGAGCAUCUGAACUGAUUUAUUUGAGUGUGUAUUACUCCAUUUGUGGUGUGUUAUUACCAUUGUAAAAUUAUGUGCACUGAAGUAAAACAAAACUGCCUAACAUCUUUUAUUUAGAUUGAAACUAUAUGUUCUUAUAAAGGAGCAAAACGCACCGGUGUAUUCCUCUCAACCGUAAAGGACCGUAGUCAGCGCGGUAUAUGUUGCAGGCAUUCUGGAGGGAGUACACAUUGAGGCAGACUGGCUCCAACCCAGGAUGGUCUACCAUACAUGGUAAAUCUUCCUUGAUCUCCUGUAGCCGUCUGGUAACCUACAGUGAAUUACAAAUGGUGAAUGUCAUGUUAUCUUAUAAAUGUAACAUCUAAUCAAAAAAAUUAGUUGUUAGUUUGUCUAGUGAGAAUGCAACCUGUGGUAUAACAAGGCAGCAGAUACUCUCAGCUUCUGUGGGCAUGGUUGAACAGUUUCCACAGGAGCACCUAUCCAAAAUAAAGAGAAAAUGGUAACAUUCACCAAAAUAUAAAGCUUAUGAAAUUCAAAGACUGACAGACAGUGGAGCUAAGGUGGGUAAGAAAAGCCUGGCUAAAUAUCAAGCGCAUAUAACAGGUAAUUUAUAACAUGUCACUUAUUGUAUAUAAUGUGGAGCUUGUGAACAGUGUAGUGUAGAAAACACUGCACAGCCUCUUCUUUGACUAAAGAUUAUUGUUGUUGAUAGACAUGAUUAUGCUGAAUUACA